AUGGCGGGCAAGGAGCAGGGCGGCCCUCCGCCGCCGCAGAGGCCUCCCGUGCCCGCUGCGUCCAUGCAGCCGCCGAUUAAGAAGCUGGUAAGGCAGCUCGAUUUCAACUCGGCGGCGUUGGCGGGGAACCCCGCGAUGGCGGCGGCGGCCGCCGCCGUAUCUAGGGCUCUGCAGCCGAGGGCGUUGCCCGUGGGCUUCCAGCAUCCGCAGUACGUGAGGGCUGCCGUGCCGAUGGGGGUGCCGCAGCAGCUGCACCAGCGGGUGCUGCCGGUGAUGCGCCCGCACCAGGUGGUGGGGCAUGUGCCGCUCCCGCGGCACGCGGUGCCGCUGGCGGUCCCUGUACCGCAGCUUCGUCCGAUGCCGCCGCAGCCAGUCCAGCGCCCCCCGGUCGCCGUUCCCUUGAAACCAGAGUCACCAAAACCACGAGCAAGACUCUAUGAAGGAAAAGAUAGCACUCCCACGAAGAAGAAGUGCUGCAACUGCAGGAACUCCAGAUGUUUGAAGUUGUACUGUGAAUGCUUCGCUUCUGGUACUCACUGUGAUGGGUGCAACUGCACCAACUGUUUUAAUAAUCCUGAGAAUGAGGUUGCCAGGCGUGAAGCUAUUGAAGCUACAUUGGAGCGUAAUCCAGAUGCUUUCAGGCCUAAGAUUGGGAGCAGCCCACAUACGAAUAGGAAUAAUGAGGUGUCUAGUGAUCUCCCUUUAGUAGGGAAGCAUAAUAAAGGGUGCCACUGCAAGAAGUCAGGAUGCCUCAAGAAGUACUGUGAGUGCUUCCAAGCUAAUAUACUAUGCUCUGAAAAUUGCAAGUGUAUGGAUUGCAAGAAUUUUGAAGGAAGUGAAGAGAGAAGAAAUCUUUUCCAAGGGGAUCACAAAAAUGCAAUUAACAUGCAGCAGGCGACAAAUGCAGCUGUAAAUGGUGCUAUUGGAGCUACAGGAUUCCCUUCUCCUUCCACAUCAAGGAAGAGGAAACAUAUUGAUCCUUCACUUGACAAUUCAAAUAAGGAACAUGUAGCGCACAGGAAUUAUCACAUACCUCAGAAAAAUGCAGUACCUGAUGGUUCAAUUCCAAUAAGCCAGUCUGCACAUCCUCCAACUCUGGGCCCCUUUAAAGUUACCUACAGGCCCCUUUUAGCAGACAUUGUCCAAGAAGAGGACAUAAAGGAGCUAUGCAAGCUUUUAGUGGUGGUAUCAGGAGAGGCUGCAAAAACAUAUGCUGGCCGGAAAAUGAUGGAAGAGAGGGUUGGCAAGAAGGAAGAUGAAAGGGGAGGACAGAAGGAAGGUGACAGGGCAGAUUCCCAAGCAUUGACAAACCAUGAUAGAGAAGGAAAUAAUCAAGAUCCAGAUCAAAAAGCAUCAAUUGAUGACCAUUCAAGUAGAGGAACUCAUACGGGCAAAGCUAUUCUAGAAGAAUCCAGACCUAACUACGCUGAUGAUCAGAAGUCCAAUAGACCUAUGUCUCCUGGAACACUAGCACUGUUGUGUGACGAAGAAGUGCUCGAGAAAAUGUGUGACGAACAAGAUACAGUGUUUACGACUUCUCAAAAUGCUGUUCCUCAGCAGACAGUAACUGUCAACCAAAACCAAUCUGCACUGUAUGCAGAACAAGAAAGAGUUGUGCUGACAGAAUUCCGUGAAUGCCUCCGCAAGUUUGUGGUAAAAGGAAGAAGGAAAGAGAACUCCAUGGCAAUCAAAUCUGAAACAUCUGGCUAUCCUGGGCAGGUAAAUGGUGUUUCUCAAGUACCAUAUUCAAAAGUAGAUGUACCUGUUGUAAAAACAUAUCCGCAGAGUUCCAGCAGUAAUGCUGGAAAACCUGUUACUGACUUUUUGGACAAAAACUGA